UUAAUAAAAAAUUCCCGAGGCACAUAAGUAUAACGGGAAUUGAUUGUCUUCUUGCGCAUGUGUAAUACAUGUACGUGUAGGCGUAGGAAUUUUUGGCGCCAAAAAAUUAGGUUGUAAAGUGACUGUUUUAUAUAGUUAAUUCUAGCCUGUACUUCGUACUGUGAACAUCGUAUUUUGUGAGUGCCGUUCACCGUCACGCUAUGGAUGACUUAGAAAAUAAUGUGAAGCGUAUCGUUAGUGAAGAAGUAAAUAGAUCACAGAAUGAAUUUUUAUCUAAGUUGGACAGUUUAUUUACUACUAAAUUUCAAGUUUAUGACCAGCAACAGAAGGAACGUUCGGACGCACAGUUCAACCGUAUUCACAAUGACCUUUUAUCAACAGACAGUUACAAAUUUCAGAGGAAAAGUUGUGAAGAUCAAUUUAAGUUCAACCAGAAAGUGUCUGUCGCGUUGAAAGAAGCAGAAGCUGUUAUCGAGCCAAAAGACCCAUCUGCCGCGAGGGCUAAACAGAAGAUAUCUGAAGGUAUUGAACUUUUAAAUUAUCGGCAAAAAUUAGUAAAGAUGGCAGACUCUUCAGAAUGUGGGUGGAAAUUGGUUCAGGAGUAUACCGCAAAUCCUUUGGCGGACGAUUCAGAAGAUGACAGAAAGAUAUUUCGAGCACAAAACAGAGCGGAAAGGAAGAUCAAAGCAGACAGAGUAAAGAGGAGAUCCCGCGCUGAGCCUUAUGUAAAACCAGCGAGUUCCAGUGGAAGCAGAGAUAGACAGACAGUAUCAAGGAAGCCUGGUGUUUGUUAUAAUUGUUACAAGCCUGGUCAUUGGCAGAAUGAGUGUCCUGAAAAGAAACGACCAAAGUUAAGUAAAAUUUUUGAUAAAUGUUGUAAUUUAGCUUGGGAUUUGAGUUACAAAUCAAAUUUUGAGUUAAAAGGGGGGAGUCGUUUAUUGAAUUCUGCUCACAAAGAGGUAAACGAAACAAUGGUCAAUUGUGUUAACGGUUCAGUCAGUUAUGACGAGAGUAAUGACCAGACGUCUGGUCAUUUAAAUUUACAGGUGAAUGUUUUGACACCAGUAGGUAAAUUAAAUAAGGCAAUACACAAAUGGAAGGAGACUGGUACAAGAAUAAAGCAAGAACAGUUUGUGCGUGACGUCGUGGUACAUAGUGGAAUUGAUGAAACUCACCCUUUGUACAGUUCGGUUGCCAGCUUAUCAACACGUUUAUUGGGAUCCAGAAGUGACAGUACUGUGAAAAAAUAUUACUAUGGUUUUUUAAAGUGGGAAAAAUUUGUUAGUAAACAUUGUUUAAUUUCAAUGCCUGCCUCGCCUAUACAUAUUGCUUUAUAUUUGUCUAAUUUGUUAGAUUCCGGAUCAACGUACAGUACGGUAUCAUCUGCUGUUUAUUCAAUUAAAUGGGCACAUGAAAUGUGUGGUCAAAUUGACCCUACAAAUAACUCUUUUGUUGAAAGUUUAGUUGAAUCAGCUAAAAGAACUGCUAAACCUGUUGUUAAUAAGAAAGACCCAGUCACUACUGAUAUCUUAAUUCGGUUAUGUUCUAUGUUUCAUUUUUCUACAGAUUUACUGGUAGUUAGGGAUCUUUUGAUGACUUUGCUAGGUUUCAGUGGUUUUUUACGUUUUAAUGAGUUAAGUCAGCUUAGAUGUAACGAUAUUUUCGUAAAAGAAGAGCAUUUAGUUAUUAAGAUUAGGCGAAGUAAGACGGAUCAGUACAGAUCAGGUGAUGAAAUUUUAAUUUGUAAAGGUCAUACUUUGGCUUGUCCUUAUGCUAUGUUUUUUAGAUAUGUAAGUUUAGCUGAAUUAGUUUUGGAUAGUGAUAUGUUUUUAUUUCGACCUUUGUACAGAAGUAAGAAAAAAUGUGCAUUAAUUAGUAUUAACAAACCUAUUAGUUACACUACUGCUAGGGAGUGUGUUAUUAAGAGAUUAAGACUAGUUGCACCUGAAUUGAAUCUUGGGUUGCAUUCUCUUAGGUCUGGUGGAGCUACUAUGGCGGCAAAUUCAGGUGUCAAUGAAAGGUGCUGGAAGCGCCAUGGUAGGUGGAAAAGUGAUUCAAGCAAAGACGGCUACGUAGCCGACUCUGUAGAAAGUAGGUUAGCCGUAUCUAAAACUUUAGGCUUGUAGUAUAUUUAUUUUCUUAUUUUUCUAUCUUUGUUGCUCUAUGCAGUACUCGAGCUAGUCAACAACAUAAGUUUGUGUUGUGUUUUUCUUUAUAUAGUUAAGAUGUAUUAAGUGGAAAGAAGACUAAAAAAUUCCCGAGGCACAUAAGUAUAACGGGAAUUGAUUGUCUUCUUGCGCAUGUGUAAUACAUGUACGUGUAGGCGUAGGAAUUUUUGGCGCCAAAAAAUUAGGUUGUAAAGUGACUGUUUUAUAUAGUUAAUUCUAGCCUGUACUUCGUACUGUGAACAUCGUAUUUUUAAGGGUUUUUUAAGGAAAAAAGAUUUGCAUAAUUUUGUAUUUGAUAAAUAUAUUGAUUUUUAUGUAGGUUGUUUGGCUAUACAAACGUAAUCGUAUUUAGACUUUUGUACCAAAACUUUUCAUAGCCCUUGAGUCCUAAUGACUCGCUUUCUUUUCUAUUUCGAUAUUUACAAACAAAAUUAUGUUUUUCUUUUUCUCAUUUGAUAAGUGAGGUCCAACACUUAGAGUUUCGUUGGCAUGGACAAAAGGACACAGGUUUCCUAAAAGGGUUUUUCCUGGGCGGCCACGAAACAUUCAUUUAUUCAGUUAUUCUAAUACAAAAGGUCAACAUUGAUGAGUAUAUAUUUUUGUUGAACAAUGAUGUUAUUGUUUUCACAUUGUAGAGUGUAUAAUAUGUUUAUAUUGAUCAUUUGUCUUAUUAAAUCGGCAGCUCACAAUAUGCAGUACUCGAGCUAGUCAACAACAUAA